CAACUUAGCAUGAUAGUCGAGGUAUUCCGAUUACGUUUGACUCUCUAAAAGAAGGUGCGAAAAUUGAAACCAGACAUUGACAGCUGCUACAAAAAAAGACUCCAAAAAAACCAUUUUUCGUGAUUAAAUGUCUGUAAGUGAGAUAGUUGGACAGUCAAGGCAGUGUCUGGCAAGACUUGCUGCAUUGUCUGUCUGUAAUUCUGGCUCACCAACCAGAGGCUGUCAACAGAAUAGAAAGAUGUCAACUAAAAUAAAGAUGGCCGAUCGCCUUAAAGGCACAGAGAGAAAUGUUUGGGUUGAAUUUGGCAAGCUUGCAGCUGACUAUAAAGCAAUCAAUCUUGGUCAGGGAUUUCCGGACUACAAUCCCCCGCAGCAUGUAGUUGAUAAGUUUGUGAAGACUAUCUCUAACGCUGACAACCCUCUUAUACACCAGUAUACCAGAUCUUAUGUGAUUAUAAUAGAGCCAUAUUUUGACUGUUAUGAACCAAUGGUGAGAGUGGCAGGUGGUACACCAGUGUUUAUACCCCUUAGAGCAUCAGCCACAUUACCUGGCAUGUGGGACAGGACUGUCACAGUAGGCAGUGCUGGUAAAACUUUCAGUGCUACAGGCUGGAAGCUAGGCUGGGGUAUUGGUCCAAAAGAACUUAUACAAGCUUUGUUAGUAUUACAUCAGAACUCUAUCUACACCUGUCCUACCCCUAUACAGGAAACAGUAGCAGCCGGUCUAGACUAUGAACUAUCAGUGUUUGGUGACCCAGAGAAAUGCUACUUACAAUCACUGGCACUAGAAAUGUUGCCAAAGAGAGAUAUGCUGGCUAAAGUACUCACAGAAGUUGGCAUCACGCCAACAAUUCCGGAAGGGGGAUACUUUAUGAUGGCUGAUAUAUCAAAACUUGAUGUUGAAAUCCCAGAUGAUGGCACAGAUGAUCCGUAUGACUUCAAGUUUAUCCGAUGGAUGUGCAAAGAAAAGAGGUUAUCAGCCAUUCCACCAACAGCAUUUUACUGUAAAGCUGACCAAAAAUUAGGAGAGAAAUAUAUAAGAUUUUGUUUCUUUAAGAAAGACGAAACAUUGGAAGCAGCAUCUAAAGUACUAAAAUCAUGGAAUGUAGGUUUGAAGAAAUAGUGAAGCUAAUUCUGAGUUGUUACGUGUUAAAAUCAUAGAGAUAAAAAGUCAAUGUUUUAAUGGGGGGAAAAAUUAAAUUCUUCAAGUCAUCAGUUGUGCUGUGUUGUAGAAAUGCUAAAAGAAAUGUCUAUAUCAGAAUGGAUAAAAAAAAAACAAAUAUGAUUUCCUAUGGAAAUUUUCAUAUUCAUGCUGGUGAAAUUUUGGAUUUUAAAAAAAGGUUCAUGAGACCAAUGUGGAAACAAAAUAGCAAAUUAAUAUGAAAAGGAUACAUUUAUGGCCAUAAUGACUAGUUUUAACGACUCAUUUUUGCAUUAUGCAGUGAUUUUAUUACUUUUAAUUCAAUUAACCCUAUAAUUAUUGAACUGGGAAAUUUAAGCGUGGGAACUUUUAGAAUAAUGAUAAAAACAAUUCAAACCUUCACAUUAUUUGAAGAUGAUACUGCUCAUUUAUAAAUGAUGCUUUUCAUAGAAAAUUGUGAAUUUUUCACUCAACCAGCCAAGUAUUCAAUUAAUUUAAAUAAAAAAUGUAAUUUAUCAAGAAAGAUGGCGAUUUUACUUACCAGAGUGACUCUGGUUUGACUAAUACUCUUUUUUUUAAGGUAGUACAUAUACCCUAUUGGGUCCUAUUCCAAGCAUAAGUAAACUUAUUAUUUUAUUACAUU